ACUAUUGAAUACAUUAUUAUUCAUUCAUUUCAUACAAACAAACAAUUGUGACGUUUGUCUCUCUCUCUCAACAAAAUCUUAAUGCAUUCACGCAAUGAUUGAAUUGAAUGACAACUCAUUGGAUAUCUGUUUAUAUCUGUAAACAAAACAAACGGUUCGUUGGACUCAUACAUCUGUGGCUCGCAAUCAUCGGUAACUAACCAUCAAUUUAAAAAAAAACUGUAGACAAUGAACGACAUCAAUGGUCGACAAACGGCCAAUCAAUGGGAAGACUUGAGACGUCAGGCGAGACACUAUGAGAACGAAUUGGAUUCAAAGUUAUUGAGUUUCAGUAAAUUGGUCUCAAAGGACAUCUACAGAGAUGAUGACGAAGAAAGUGAUACAACGCCUUUGAUGACGGACUCUAAAGACAACUUCGAGCGUCUGAAUACCGAAAUCGAUGCACUACUUCGGGCACUGAACGACGUAAACACCCAAAUGUCCCAAUACUGCGAACGGGUACAGAAUGCCAGCGCAACCAUCUAUACAUUGCAAAGACAUCGGGAAAUACUUUCCGACUAUAGCAACGAAUUUAACAAAACCCGUAACAAUAUUGAGGCCAAACUGAAUCGCGAGUUGCUGUUGGGGCCGCACAAGAAGGACACGGGUUUCCGUACGACGACCAAUAAGAAGAAUGAUUUGUUGCUAAAAGAGAACCAACAUAUCAGAAGUUCGGAGAUUAUGAUUGACGAACAAAUCAAUGUUGCCGUUCGUACCAGAGAUCACUUGAUUAACCAGAGGAAUACAUUCAAAUCAUUUCAGACACAAAUGACAACAUUGGCCAAUAAGUUUCCGAUAAUCAAUAGUUUAGUCCAUCGAAUAAAUGUCAAGAAACGAAAAGAUUCCAUAAUAUUAGGUAUUGUUAUCGCCGUUUGUAUGACUUUUUUGAUUUUAUACAUCUUUUAGUCAUCUAUUGUAUUGUUAUUAUUAUUAGAGUAUAAUAGACUUUAUUAUAAAAAUAUUAUU